AAAUACCCAAUGAUAUCAAUCAAUAAAUGAAUUGCUAAUGGAGAUUCAACUAAAACAUAUACUUUAUCUUCAUUCAAACCCUAAUCAUUAGUAUUUUCUUACCUUUUAAAUAGUCUUUUUAACGAUUUCUUCUUUAGCCUCUGCUUUACUCGACAAUUCAAAUACUGUUUGGGCUCUAUCAAUAUUUUGCUUUAUUGAUUUACCCAAAAUUAUCAAGUAUUUUACAUGAAAGAAGUUAUUCAAAGAAUCUUUGGAUAGCCUAG